GUGUUUUCAGGGGUUGAAAUUUUCAGGAAAAUUCUGUUCCUCAUUGACAUAGCCAUCAAUAUUUUGUGUUUCACUGGCUAAUUUUAUAAUUCAAGUUUCAGUUACCAUUGUCACUUUCAGUAGCUGGAUUUUACCCAGUCAGAACAAGCAGGUGCUGAAUCAGUCUCAUCAAGCAAGCCAACUACAUAAGGAAAUUACUUGUUGUCUAUGACUUCAUCAAGGGUUAGCAGAUAAUGAAGUCAACUAUGCGAUUGGCCAGAGGCCACCAACCCUACAGAUGAAGAAAACACAAAGUCCUCUGAUCAUCCGCCCUGGUCAUAUCAGAAGACUGAAUACCAACUCUGGUGAUCGCUCAACACGAGAUGAGGACCGACGCAAGUCCAAUAAUUCAGCCUUGAGUUACAUCGCAAGUGCUGCAAAGAAGAUAGGUGGAGUUCUUUCUGUUAUUUUAUUUGGACGCAACAAAGCUGAUCCUGCAUCCAGUCAAGAUCAAGUUCAGCCAGACGCAUGGCAUUAUCGAGCUGGAGAGAGUCCUAAUUUUUCGAGUAACUCUAGUGCUCGUGAUAGUAGGAGAUCAUCACGAUCAAGGCGUUCCAGUUAUGAUGCAUACCCAGAGGUUGAUUCUGCAAAGUUGCGAAAGAGCUUAGCGUUUAAAGAUAUCUAUACCGCAACAGGAAAUUUCUCCCCAGAUAACAAAAUUGGUGAAGGGGGGUUUGGGACUGUGUACAAAGGGACGCUUAAGGAUGGCAGUGUUGUUGCUGUAAAGCGUGCAAAAAGCGAAACUUAUGAUCAACGUUUGUCAGCAGAGUUCAAGAACGAGAUCCUAGCCUUAUCAAAGAUCGAGCACCUGAGUUUGGUAAGAUUUUACGGGUGUCUUGAGCAUGGAGACGAGCGCCUUAUUAUCGUUGAAUAUGUCAGCAAUGGCACCCUUCGAGAACACUUGGAUGGAACUCGUUCAAAUGAGCUUGAAAUUGGAGAGCGCUUGGAUAUUGCAAUCGAUAUAGCUCAUGGCAUUACCUAUCUUCACACAUAUACAGAUCCUCCUAUCAUUCAUAGAGACAUCAAAGCAUCGAACAUACUCAUCACAGAAAAACUCAGAGCCAAAGUGGCUGAUUUUGGGUUUGCACGCUUAGCUGCAGAAGACCCCAUUGCCACUCACAUUUCUACACAAAUCAAAGGAACUGCUGGGUACUUGGAUCCUGAGUACCUGAGGACAUACCAGCUUACUGAGAAGAGUGAUGUCUACUCAUUCGGUGUAUUGCUCGUUGAAAUGAUUACGGGAAGGCAACCUAUAGAAUCUAAGAGAAGCCUGGACGAGAGAGUUACCAUAAGAUGGGCACUUAGGAGACUAAGAGACGGAGAAGCCGUGGUGGCUAUGGAUCCAAGGCUACGAAGGAGCAUCCCAUCAAUCCAUGCAGUCGAAAGAGUCCUCAAGCUCGCCCGCCAUUGCCUUGCACCAUCAAGACUAUCAAGACCUUCAAUGAGACAGUGUGCUGAAAAGUUAUGGGAUAUUCGACGAGAAUUCAAAGAAAAUUCCACUACUAAAGCUCCUUCCACUCCCUACCACUCUGCCAGUGCGAGCAGGCAGAAUAUGUUUAACAGUGAACACAGUGAGAGCUUGAUGUUUGUUUCUGAAUAAGCAGUUUUUUCGCAUAAAUAUAUAUACUUGCUUCCCAAAUGUCACACUAUCAGAUUUAUCAUUGAAACUAUAAGACUUCGGAUCAGAUGUAUUAUGUAUAUAUCAUUUAUCAUGACAGCUCAGGUUCUUGAUUUGGAGAAGGUUUACAUUUUGUAAGGACUGCUUCGGUUGAUUGAUCUUACGCUACCCAUAAAGAUAUAUUUUGAGUUUGCUUAUCAA